AAGUCUCUCUCUGAGUGUAUUUUGUCCAAUGUCUGUGGCCAGCUAAUUCGUCAGCAGCUUAGAACUGCCUGUCACGAAGUGAUUGUCACGAAUAUCAGAAUACACGUUCACAGCUGAACGCAAAUUUAACAUUUUGGAAAUUUGAAUAAGUGAAAGAGGAAUUUGUUUACAACUUACAUCAUACAUUGACUGAAUGCAGAGAUGAGUUUCAGCAGCUCUUCUGGAAGUGCGGUGCCUGGAUUUACUCUGAAGAAGUUUGAAUCUCAAAAUGAAGUGGAUGAGAAGAAGCAGAAAAGGCAAGAAGAAUGGGAGAAAGUAAGAAAACCGGAUGAUCCAGAAGAAUGUCCUGAAGCACCAGUAGACAACAGAUGUUUAUAUGACAAGUUACAGGAACAGAAAUUGAAGAAAGAUGAAGAAUUUGAGGAAAAAAUUGCCUUUAGAAAUCAAGUGGCACGCUUAGAUGCUGAUGAAACAGAAUUUCUGGACUUUUGUACAGAAAGACAACAAGAAAUUAUACAGGAGCGUAAACAAGAGGAAGAAAAUAUCAUUUCAGAGAUGAAAGAUGCUAAAGUGAUAAAGAUGACAGAAAAUAAACAGGACGAUAAAAAAUCACGACCUAUAGUACAGCAGCAAAGUAAAAAAUCUCAAAUGUCCCUCCUUGCUGGAGCAGUCAAACGAAAAGGGUCAGAAGAAACUUCUGUCAGUAAAAAGACAAAGACAGAAAGUGCUGAUGAUGCUAUACAAGAGAAGUCACAGAAAACUGAAGAAAAGACAACUUCCAGCAGCAAUUCUUCACAGUUAGCACGAGUUAUAGGUGUUCUACCACGUGCAUUACCUGGACUUACAGACUAUGACGAUUCAAGUGACUCUAUAUCUAGUAGCAGUGAUUCUGAGCCAGAUUUUUCCUUGUCUAGCAGAAAUAAUGUUAUCUUGAUAGCUAAACAACAUAUUCAACAACAGCAACAGUGAAUUACUAGUAUUUAAGAUUUUGGUGGUAUACUUGCU